AUGGACGUCGGAAAGUUGUUCAAGCUCCCGUCGCUGCCAUCCUCCGCGGUGAACAAACGCAAGUGGGAUGCGCCCGCUGGCCAGUCGCUCCGGCCCGACGACGAAGAGGCAGAGCGCACUGAGCCCGAAUUGGCUCAGGCCAAACGGGCACGCGUCGAGGACGAGGGCGAGGACGAGGAGUACGAUGCGGACUUUGCGCCUGGCAACGACGCAGACUACUUUGUGGACGAGGACGAGGAGGGAGGGCGCUUCUUUGGUGGUGGCCUGACCGAGGAGCAGAAGCACAUCCUCCAGAUCAUGAACCGCGACGGUGCCGACGAGGUCGAAGAAGCGACGGCAGAAAGCAUGCUGGCCGACACACGCAAGCAGAUGCUGCAGCUCGAAAAGGCGAUGCAGCAGAACCAGGCAAUGCGCCUCAAAUACCCCACGGAGCCCCAGCGCUUCAUCGCCUCGGAAGCCGAUCUGCACGAUGAACUGCGUGGGCUCGUCGUGCUGACGACCAACUGUGCCUUGCUCUAUCCCGAGUUUGUGCGGCUCGGCGGCGCGAGUGCGCUUAUUGAGCUCCUUUCGCACGAAAACGCCGACAUUGCCUCGGCCGUGAUUCAGGUGUUGGAAGAGCUGACGGACGACGACGUGCUCGACUCGGACGCGCAGCCCGGUGAGGAUGCGCAGCGGCCGGGCUUGGAGGCGAUGCAUGGCCUGGUCGAGGCGCUGCGCGAAGGCCAGAUCUUGGCGCUGCUCGUCUCGAAUCUCUCGCGCUUCAACGACAAGCCGCCGGCGAGCGACGACGCGGCGGCGCUGGAGAACUACGACAGCGACGUUCAAGGUGUGUACCAUACUUUGAGCGUCUUGGAAAAUGUCGUGUCACUUGAGCCCAACGCGGCGGAGGAGCUCGUGUCCUCGACAUCGCUCCUUACCUGGCUGCUGGACCGCAUGCAGUAUGCGGCGCGUUUCGACCAGAACACCGCGUAUUCUGGCGAGCUGCUUGCGAUUCUCUUGCAGGAUAGCGAGAAGAACCGUGCGGUACUGGGCGAAAAGGGGGGAAUCGACGUGCUGCUCAAGAUCCUUGCGCCGUAUCGCAAGCGCGACCCCGCGGACGAGGAAGAGACCGAGUUUAUGGAGAAUGUAUUUGACGCGCUGUGCUCGUGCCUCUUGCUGGAUGCCAACAAGAAGCGCUUCCUCAACGACGAGGGUGUCGAGCUGAUGGUCAUCAUGCUCAAAGAAAAGAAGCAGUCGCGUAUGCGUGCACUCAAAGUGCUGGACCACGCCCUCGCGGGAGCGUACGGCGGCCCGCAGUGCGUGCGGUUCGUCGAGGUACUCGGCCUAAAGAGCCUCUUUGCGAUUUUCAUGCUCCCGACCGAGCACGGCGCGAAAGGACGUGCACAUGCGACGACGGCGCAGGACAUGGAGCAUGUGCUCGGCCUCAUUGCCUCGCUCCUGCACAACCUUGCCUCGGACAGUGCCGAGCGCGUUCGCGUCUUGUCCAAGUUUGUCGAGCAAGACUUUAGCAAGAUCGACCGGCUCCUGGAGCUGCGCGAGACGAUGGCUGCGCGCGUCCAGCACGCUGAGCGCAGCCUCGCCGAGGACUUGAAAAUGUACAAGGAGCAAGGUCUCAAGGACGACGAGAUCGCCGAGCUCGGCUACCUGCGCCGCCUCGAAUCGGGCCUGUACUCGCUACAGCUGAUUGACUACCUCCUUGCCUGGCUCCUAAUGGAAGACGAUGGGGCUCAAGCGCAUAUCCGCAUGCUGCUCGAACGCGCCAAUGUGCCGCUGUCGGCCCUCGUCGCCUCCUUGGUCGAGUACCGCGACAAUGUGGGCGAUGCCAUGGUGGCUGCGGGCUCAGACGGCGAAGGGAUGCGCACGCAAGACAUCCUCGAAGCCUUGCUUGCGUAUGUACAAGGUCUAUAG